CAUGCAGAGUUGUUAGUCACAGUGCUACAUCAGUAACAAAGCUUCUCUUUUUUUUCUCCCCCCUAAGCAGUCCCUCUCUUUCUGUUUUUGAUGUCCGCAAAAGGCAAGACCUUCCCAGUUUUUGUUGUGGUGGCUGUAACUGUAGCCCGCUCUAUCUGCGCUGGACAGGGUCCAGCUGAGGAGCCUCUUUGCCCUGCCCUCAGGCCUCCUCGACUAGUGGAUCUCGGAGCUGAGGAACGCCUCUUUCGUGGCUGUGACAGGGAGAAUUAGGCGAGAGAUGCGGGUUCACUUGCCCUGCAUAAGGGCUUAUCUUGGGCUAAGCUGAGGGACUAAUAGCAAAGCCAGCCUCCACUCCAGCCGGUCUGAGGGCACGGGGAGCCAUCUGUCCACUCUCUGUGCAAUAACCGACAACAAAGGGGGCAAACAUUUAACACGGAGUGUAAACCAAAGGGGCCAUUCAUUCAGAAGAUACCAGGGGUAAAGAAGAGGAAUAAGUAUUCUGAAAUAUAAGGUGUGGAAUGGCGGAAGAGAGUUCUUUAUUUAUGGGUUUGUAGUGUUUACUUUGAAGUUUGGAAACACUGAGGAUGUCUGACAGGGAGGAAAUGGCUUCAGAUGGGGGUCUGAAUGUUACUCUCACACUGAGGCUCCUGAUGCACGGAAAGGAAGUGGGCAGCAUAAUUGGGAAGAAAGGGGAAACAGUGAAGAAGAUGAGAGAGGAGAGCGGUGCUCGCAUCAACAUUUCAGAGGGAUCGUCUCCGGAAAGAAUAGUUACCAUCACAGGACCCACAGAGGGCAUCUUCAGAGCUUUCUCCAUGAUCGCAGAGAAAUUUGAGGAGGAUAUUACUGCAGCGAUGACAAACAGCAACGUGACAAGCAAGCCACCUGUGACACUUCGCCUGGUUUUCCCAGGGAGCCAGUGCGGCUCACUGAUUGGCAAAGGAGGCUCUAAGAUCAAAGAGAUCAGAGAGACCACGGGGGCCCAGGUUCAGGUGGCGGGAGACAUGCUGCCGGACUCCACCGAGAGAGCUGUCACAAUCUCCGGCACUCCACAGGCCAUCACGCAGUGUGUGAGGCACAUCUGCUCUGUCAUGCUGGAGUCGCCUCCAAAAGGAGCCACUAUUCCCUACCGUCCCAAGGCCGCACCUGGCGGAGCCCAUUCACUAUUAACACAACAGCACCCUGCACAAGCCUUUGCAAUUCCAGGGCAGUAUGCCUUUGCACAUCAAGAUUUGACCAAGCUUCACCAGUUGGCUAUGCAGCAUAUCCCCCUCCCCUCCCUUGGGCAGAGCAACCCUACCUUCCCUGGAUUGGAUGCAUCUGCCCCCACGAGUUCACAAGAGCUGGCAAUACCUAAUGAUUUCAUUGGCUGCAUAAUUGGACGGCAAGGCAGUAAGAUCAAUGAGAUUCGCCAGGUCUCUGGAGCCCACAUCAAAAUUGCCAGCGCCACCGACGGCUCAGCUGUGCGCCAAGUCACAAUCACAGGCUCGCCGGCCAGCAUCAGCGUGGCCCAGUACCUCAUCAACGCCAGCUUAGAGAUGGCUAAAUACACCAUGCAGGCUGCUUCCUCUGCGACCCCAGUUGACCUCAACAUGAGCUUCUCUCAGUCUGCUCCCACUGUCUCCACUCCUACCUCUAUGGCUGUCCUGGCGGCCACCACCCCAGCCCCCACCACCAUUAACGUCCACUCUCCCUCCACCUUACCAACCAUCCAAAACCCACACUACGCUGUUCCUGUUUCCAGUCUGCUUGGCAUGAAAACUCUCCCUGUCUUGGCUGUCCACCCAGCAGGUCUCUCCCCUUACACCGCUAAAAUGCCAACCUCUGGCAUCAAAAAAUCUGAGCGGCAGAAGUUUGCUCCGUAUUGACACCUGCUGGGAUUUGCUUAUUAGUGUAGUCAAUAUGGCAGCCUGGUCUGGCAUAUUUAUGUAACAGUAAAUUAUUUAAUAUUUUAGACAUACCAACACGGAGUCGUGUUCGAGUAUUUUACACAAAUCAGGACAACGUCAGGCACCAGGCUUUCAGGUUAAUUAACAUAAUGAUGAAGGAUGAUGGUAUCAAUAAUGUCCUCGUUAACUGUAGAUAAUUGCAGCAGGCAGCAGAGGUUCGUAUCACCUUGCAGACAUGCAUAACAAUUCAUGUGUUUAUCUCAGGCUCAUACAUUAGUAUCUUAGAAAGUUAUUUUUCAAAUGGAUUCAUGUUGGGGAGGUUUGUAUGAUGAAUUACUCCAGCAAAAUGUAUUUUCCAUAAUAUAUUUAAAAAAAAAAAAAAAAAAAAAAAAAACGGACCUAGUUUUGUAUUGGUGUAAAUAGUUUCCAAGCAUUUUUUUUUUUUUUUUUUUUAGGAAAUGCAGACUUGUAUCAUGUUGUGUGGUACUUUGUUGGCAGCAGGCUGUUGAGAGGGUUGUCUUGUAAAGUAGAAGUAAAUAUGUUAAGCAUCUUUUAACAAGGAAUGCUCCACUCUUGUGUUCCCCUGUCACAUUUCCUCCUUUCCUCCACUAGGCUCUCGUCAGUGGUAACAGGCUUGGGUGUUCUGUAGUAGCGUUGCACUGUUGCGGUUCCUACGGGAUUAUCCUAAAGCCACACUGGAUUCUAGUGGAUUUCACUCUACACAGUAAUCCUGUAGAGCGGGACUGGCCUAACUAGCUCAUUUACUGUUCCUCUGUGCUAGCUGUGAUUUGUUUAUUCUGAACCCUAAAUGAGUGGGACUCUUCAACUAUCAGUAUCUGCAUUUGAUACUGACUAAUUAUUGUAAUAAAUACAGGUUUUAUUCAUGUGCUCCUGGUGUGGGUCUCUCCCCAAACAAUGCCGAUUUGUAAUAACUGUUGAUGGAAUAACUUUGAAAUAAACAGAACUUUUUAUGAAUA